CGAGCUCUCUUAGCAACCAGAGGUUCCCUGGCAACGGUAAAUAAACAAUGUGUUUCACUUACGUGAACAGCUGCUACCCAAGACAGGAUUUCUCACUUAAAAUGAAACAAUCACUGACGAAAAAUGGAUAAAUUUAUCAAAUCAGGAAACAUUAUAAAUUCUGAUGCAGAACUUCUUGAACAGGACAAAGACAACUUACUUCCGUGCAACUCGGUUACAUUAGCGAAUUUUCGUCAAGAGAUGAUGAAGAAAGCAAAAAAGGAAGAAACAUCACAAAAGUUUGACGAAAUGUCUGAGACUGAGAGAAUAAUUUUAAAUGAAGAAAUUGAGAAAUUGACCCGCAAUCAAAAGCUGUAUUUAAUGGAAAGAACUUCAAAGAAACAACUGAAAAGUGCCAAGAAAACUGUUUCUCUUCCAUCAUUUCAAAUGAUUGAUCAAGAAAACAAAAAAGAAAGUGAUAUUUUGUCAUCAAUGUUUCCUUGCCUUGAUAAAUCUGAAACUCAUCAAUUUGCUCAUAAUGCUUCAUUGACAUACCAAGCAAAUGAUCAUUCAUUAAUAAAUAAUGAUUCUAAUGUGUAUAUGAGCCAGGAAGCCUUGCAUAAAUUAGAAAAAGCAGUAGACAUGUAUAAAAUGUUACAUCAUGGAACAAGAAUGACAGACUAUAAUAAAAGUGACAUUUCUUCUAGUAUUAAUAAGAGUAAAAAUAUGUUUCAUGGGAGUUUAAAUCCUGAUUCAAACAAACUCAAAGAAUCAGAGUUUUCUGCAACUUAUCCUCCAAUUAUUACCCCAAGGAGAGAUAGCAUAAGAAAUAAAUAUCAAACCAUUACAUAUUCCUACACAUAUAAUUCACCUAACAAAGUAUCUCCUCCAUGUGGAAAGAUUGAUAUGCAGAUAACAUCUCUGGAAAAUGAGAAACCAGUAUUAUUAUACACUGAAAAUUCCAAUUCUCAAGAAGUUGACUCAGAAGAAACACUGUUACAUUUUCCAAUCAAAGAUAAAGAGUUAGAAGUAGCAAGAAAGGAAAAGAGUUCAGCAAUUAAAUCAUACAAUGAAAAGUCAAGAAUGACAAAUACUGAAUGUAAACAUGGUAGUCAGAAAGUUCAAAAUGUUUCUAGAAACAUUGAAAAUUCAGAAAAAUUAUCUUUAAUGAAAAGAGAUUCUAGUUUGGUAUAUACAAGAAGAAUAACACAAAAAUGUUGGGAAACAUGGAGAGCCUAUGUACAGUGUACCUGCUCACGUAAAGCGUUCUCAGAUGAAAGGAAAAUUCGUCAAGCUAAAAUUCAAGACUUCAUAGAUGUUUUGCGACGUCAAAGAGAAAUAACAGAUAUUAACGAUAGAAUUAGUGAAACUGGAACUCAAAAAGAAAAGUAUUUAAAUCCAGAAUUAAAUAGACAUAAUCAAGAAUUCAAAAUUGUUGCUAGUCAGAGGCAUAAAGAAAUUUUAAAAGAAAAUGAAGCCAAUAAGGCAUUUUCUGCUUUGCAUCGAUUGAAAAGAAAUAAUGUUACUCAGAGUACUCACAGUAACUGCCAUACUUCAGGUUUUAGUGACGCAAAUAUCUGCAAAUGUUCUGGAUUGAAACAGACAACAUGCAUAUGCCAUAGAUAUGAAGCUCAACAACAUAUAAUAUCUCAACAAAAGAAGCAGCUGGAAGUCCAAAAAAAGUUAAUUGAUGGUUUAAAAUUGGAAAAUUUAAAUAAAGAUGCCAAACUUUCUGCUACUCAAGCAUUAGAUAAUCUUAAAUCUCAUGAUUUAGGUGGAUUUUUGAAUGAUAUAACUCAAACAAAUAAAAUAAAAAAAGGACAGAAUUCAACACAUCAAAUACCAAUAUUAUCGGGUCAAAUGCAACAAAGAGAAAAGUGGCGGAAGAUGAUGAGAGAAAGAAAGGAGCAAAUGUACAAAGAAAGGUUGCUUAAAAAAGAGUUGGAAUUGCAAAAUCAACAGAGAGCAGAGGAAGAAGAAAGAAAAAGAAUUGAAAAUGAAAUUAAGGAGAAACGUCGUCUUAGGCUGCAAGCAGAGAAAAGGAAGCAGUUAGCUAAAGAGAAAACAGAAGACUCAAUGCAGAAAGCUCGAGAGCAUUAUGAGAAGAAACUUCUUGAAAAGGGAUUUGCAACAUUGAAAAAUUUAGUUAUUGAGGAGAAGGAAAAGAUAUUUUUAAUGAACGAGUAUUACAAAAGAAGAAUUCUUGUGAGGCAUUUUUAUGAAUGGCAACAUUAUGUCACAAAUCUUGCAAAACACAAAAAUUCCUUAACUACAUCAUGCUAUAAUAAUCUCCUCUUGAGAAAAGGAUUUACAGCAUUUUUGAAGGUUCAUGCAGAAAAGAUCCAGAAUGAACAAGUAGCAGAUGACUUCUAUUACUUACAACUUGUGAAACUAGCCUUCAGUAAACUGCAAAUGUAUUCUUACCGACAACAGAUGAUAAGAGACAAUCUGGAGCAGCAGGCAGACAAAUUCUAUCACAGGAAACUCCUCAAAUCUGCUUUGAAAGCUUGGAGAUUGCUACCAUCAGUAUUGGAAGAAGAACGAGAAAAAGAGAAAAGAAAGGAAUUCUGGAGGCAGAAAGUUAGAGAAAUUCUGCCAGACUUUAGUCCUGCCUUGGAAGAAUCCUACUGACAAAUAAUUUUAAAAUGUGUAAAUUGCUUUAAACUGUGAGUUUAACUCAAUUUCUUCCUUCCAAAUUGUACUGACUGAUGAGUAUAAAUACAAGUGCCUUAAUAACAAAAAAAAUACACAUCCAAUGUUCUUAUUCUGCUACCAAAAAACUUGGCAUAAAACAGAAGUUUGCUCAUGUGAACCAUAGUAAUUAUCCUUGAAACAAAUUUUAAUGUUCUCCAUUUAUUAAUGUUCAUUUCAUGUAUAAAACGAACACUGUAGUGAAUAGGCCUACCUCACAGAACAUUUUAAGUCAUGCAAUAAAUGUAGUUUAUGGUUAUGGUGAUUUUUUUCUUUUAGAAUGCAUGGAAACCUCUGAAAACUUGUAUUAAGAAUCUCUAAGUUAGAUUAUGACCACAAAUUAACAAUGGCAUGAAUAAAUAUAAAAAUUAAUAAUGUCUGGAGGUUAAAUCAUCAUUAAUAGAAUUCAUUAAAUACCUAACUUAAUUUCUUUAAAUUUUGCUUAUUAUUUAUCUUUCUCUCACAACUUUUACGCAUUCUUUAUGUAUAAUACAUAUGUUUUUCUCUUUAGUUACAUAAAUGGAUCACUUCCAUCUAAAUGUUACUUUUUCAGUUCCUAUGGUUUUUAGGAAAGUUUUUAGUCAGGUAAUGGAGAGAAAACUACUUGGGCUAUAUGAUUUAAAGUAUUGUAGACUUCUACCGUCUUACUUAGUCUACUCUGACAUGUGGUUAUGAGAAAAAUAUAUAAUUAUGCUGAAAAAACUCAAGAUUGUUACCUGUCCCGCCUACCAUGUGUAAAUAUGCAAAUGUAAAUACCACUGAGGGAAAUGGUAGUACAUGUGCAGUUAAGUGUCAGCUGUUGUGUUUGUCUUCAUUCUGUGCUUAGGAAGGGAGAUUCAUUUUUUUAGGUUUAUAGUAAUUGGAAGGACCUUUGGACAAAAUGUUGUUCUGAGCAUCACUUCUUUUUAAACCAUUAUGUUUUUGUUUUGUUUUUUCCUUCUUGUUUGCAACACCACGUAGCCCUUUUUGAAAACUAAAUAUAUGUAUCUUAUUUUGGAGUAAUCCUCCAUUAAGUGAAUUUUUGUGUCUUAUCACUUAAUGUCUUUUAACCCUUCAACCUGGGGCUUGGUGCCAUUAGUAAACAGCAUUCCCAGAUGGUCACCCAUCCAAGAAAGUAUUGUGUCUCAAGUUGCUUAACUUCCGUGACUUCACCGAGUGUAGUUAAGUAAUUCAUCUAAUACUUUCAUGUUACUGACUGUAUCAUCUAAAUGGUUGUUAAAAAUGGUGAGAACUUAACUGGUUACAAUUUCAGGAGGCAGUUUGCAAGAUUAUUAUUAUUAUU